UCAGGCAUUCAGCCAUUUUAAAAGCAGUUUGGUGUUUAUCUGUAGUCAAUAGUUUAGGCAUUUAUUCAUUCAGUAAAUGUAGGAUCAGUGAAAUUUUGAACUCGACAGAACUUACGAUAAAUAGAAGCUUACAAAAGGAUAUAAAGUUCUUAGAUUUUAAACAUAAUUAAUACUUUGAAAUAAAUGGCUACCUUAGAGGAUAAAUCUAUCUGGGAAGAUGUGGAGGAGGCUCUGGGUGAGGAUGUUUUAAGAAUGUCUACUGAUGAAAUUGUGUCUCGUACACGUUUAUUAGACAAUGAAAUUAAAAUAAUGAAAAGUGAAGUAAUGAGAAUCUCUCAUGAACUUCAAGCACAAAAUGAUAAGAUCAAGGAAAAUACAGAAAAGAUUAAAGUAAAUAAAACUUUACCUUAUUUAGUAUCCAAUGUUAUAGAGCUGUUAGAUGUUGAUCCCCAAGAUAUGGGAGAAGAAGAUGGUGCAGUUGUUGAUUUAGAUGCGCAAAGAAAAGGAAAGUGUGCAGUUAUUAAAACCUCUACUCGACAGACAUACUUCCUACCUGUAAUUGGAUUAGUUGAUGCAGAAGCAUUAAAGCCAGGUGAUUUGGUAGGUGUCAAUAAGGACAGUUAUCUUGUUCUUGAAACAUUACCUGCUGAAUAUGAUGCAAGAGUGAAGGCUAUGGAGGUAGAUGAAAGACCUACAGAACAGUAUUCAGAUAUUGGUGGAUUGGACAAACAAAUCCAGGAAUUAAUAGAGGCUGUUGUUUUACCUAUGACCCACAAAGAGAAGUUUGAGAAUCUUGGUAUUCAACCCCCUAAAGGUGUCCUCUUGUAUGGACCACCAGGAACUGGCAAAACAUUAUUGGCUAGAGCUUGUGCUGCUCAAACGAAAUCCACAUUUUUAAAACUAGCAGGUCCACAACUUGUUCAAAUGUUUAUUGGAGAUGGUGCAAAAUUAGUCAGAGAUGCGUUUUCACUUGCUAAAGAGAAAGCACCUGCAAUUAUUUUCAUCGAUGAAUUAGAUGCAAUUGGUACAAAAAGAUUUGAUUCUGAGAAAGCUGGUGACAGGGAAGUACAACGUACUAUGUUAGAAUUGUUGAAUCAAUUAGAUGGGUUUAGUUCUACUGCUGAUAUCAAAGUAAUAGCAGCUACAAACAGAGUAGACAUAUUAGAUCCGGCCUUGCUUAGGUCAGGUCGUUUGGAUAGGAAAAUUGAAUUCCCUCAUCCAAAUGAGGAAGCCAGAGCGCGUAUUAUGCAAAUUCAUUCGCGAAAAAUGAAUAUGUCACCGGAUGUUAAUUUUGAAGAACUGUCGAGAUCUACUGACGAUUUCAAUGGCGCUCAAUGUAAAGCCGUUUGUGUGGAAGCGGGUAUGAUAGCGUUAAGGCGUAACGCAACUGCAGUUACGCAUGAAGAUUUAAUGGAAGCUAUAAACGAAGUUCAAGCGAAGAAGAAAGCAAAUCUUAAUUACUAUGCCUAAGGUUCUUUAUUCAAUGAUUUAUUUAUUAAGAUAUAUAUUCUAUACUAAAUACAAGUAGAGACUGUAAUGAUAACAAACAAAAUUGAGUUUUAAUAAAAAGCUAAUAUUGUUUAUAAAAUA